AAUAUACAAUAGGGAAAUAAAAGCUCAACAAUGGUUAAACAAAGGAAUAGCUAAAGUAAAAUUGGAAAAUAUGAGAUAUAGGAGAAACAUCAUGAAGGCAAAAGGAGAGAACGAAUUGAUAUCAUUAUCUUUAUUAUCUUUUAAUAUGGGUACAGUUGUGUCUUAUAAAGGAUUCAAAAUGUAUGUAAUGCCGUCACCUCAAUUACCUUUAAAUAUAACAAAAUUAAAUAAUAUUAAAGGGGAACUGAAAUAUGAAAUGUCACUUUUAGAAAAAAAUAUUCCAACUUAUAAUUUGUUCAAAAAUGCAAAUGUAAGAAACUCUUUUAUAACACCAUAUUAUAAAGAAAAUAAUUAUAUAUUUUUUAAUAUCAAUUUAAUGUUGUGUGAAUGUAAAAGUAAAAGUGAUAGUAUUUUUACACAUUCUGAAUUGGACCACUUGGAUAUCGAGAGUAUACCUAGUGCAGGUGAAAGGUGCUAUAAUGUUCCGCCUGUUUAUUCCAAUCUGCUGAAGGUACAAAAUAAUAUUUGUUUAUACAUAGAAAUAUCAGAUGAGCGUAAGACAGAUAAAGAGAUGUACGAGAAAAAAGUCGAUAUAUAUUUAGAGAAGGUUGUUAUAGAGCUGGAGAAAAUACAUUUUAACGUCCCGUUUGAUACUGUUUCCUUAAAAAUGUAUUUACAAAAUAAAGGUUUAAGAAUAAGACAUCUUGGGAGGAUGUUGAAAUUUGUUACUUAUAAAUGGUUAUAUAAUAUAAUUUCAUAUGAGAUAUUUAUACGUUGUGUAAAAAAGUUUAUAUAUCGUUGCAUACGUGAAAUGUCUAUAUUUUAUAAGAAGAAAGUGACAGAAUAUAUAUAUCAAUAUAAACAAAAUUAUGAAAAAAAUGAGAUUAGAAAUAUGAGGGAACAAGAAUUAAUAAGUAACCUUUUUCGAGUAGAUAAGAGUAGUAAAAAGAAAAAGAAGAUGGAUUUUUUAUAUUUAAAUCAAAAGGAAGCAAAUGAAGACAUGAAUACAAAAAGUAAUUAUAAUAUUUGUAAUAAAAUAAAUGAAGUAUUAGAUGAUAUGUCAUUAUAUGAUACGGAUGAAUCUACAUGUAGUGAUAAUACAUAUGAUAAUAGUAAUAGGAAAAUAUUUUAUUAUAAAAACAAAGAAGAUAAGAAGAAAGACAAAAAGAUAAGUCAUAGUUUAUUGUAUAUAUAUGAAAUGGGAAAUGAUAAGAAUAUCAUUGAAAACCGUUUGAAGUUUGAUAAUUUAUCCUUAUUUUCAAUUAUAUUUAAUUUUGAUAUUUUCAGAAAAUAUACCAAUAAAGAAAUGUAUAUAUUAAAAAGGGUCAAUGAAAAGAAAAGAGAUGUUUUAGAUAAUUAUAUAAUAAUUAAAAAGAUAUACAAAGGAAAUAUUAGUUUAAUCGAUAUGUUCAUAAUAAAUAUUUUUAAUAUAUUAUUGACAAAACAUAAUUAUAAUAAAAAGGAUUUUUUAUUAGAAAUAAAUAAGAUAUGUUAUGAAUUAUAUAAAAUAAAUAAAUCAUAUUCGUGUGAAGAAAUUCAAGAUAAUUAUAUAUAUGAUAAUUUACAAAAAUGUCUAGGUAUAUUAUAUUUUCCAUCUUUAAUAGAAUAUGAUGAAGAAAUUAAGAAGAGGAGUACAUUUUUUCAUUUGUAUGAUUUAAAGAGUUAUAAUAUAAGAAUCAAACGAUCGUUCAAUAUUUAUUACAUAGAUUUUGUUACAAAUAGGUAUAUAUAUAAUUAUGAAAAUAUUCACUUAGAUAUAUGUGUAGAAAAUAAGAGAUUAUUAUCAAUACUAAUAUUUUAUACAUUCGUAUAUUAUUAUAAUAAUAAUAAUGUGAGUAAGAAUAGUUUAUGUAUGGGCAAUUUAAAAUGGGAAGAUCUUGAAAAUGUGUUAUUACAAUCUGGUAGACAUAAAAAAUUUUAUGAUAAAAUAUAUAAUGAAAAGAUAAAUCUUCUUUUAAGAUCAAAGGAUAAUAUAACAUUAUUUAACAAUACAGAUUAUUUUACUUUUUAUGGUUUAUUAAAUAUAGUAGCUCAAGGAAUAAAGAUGCGACUUUUUAGAAUGGCGAUGAAUAAAUCGUUUUAUCUAUUUAGAUAUAUAUCUGAAAAUAGUGUUAUGUCUAUAUAUAUACGUUUAAUGUGGUUAUCUAUAUAUAUGUUCUUACGAUAUUAUGUUUCUGAAGGUUGUGUUUUAGACGGUCCACAUAAAAAGAAUGAUAUAUGUUUUAAAGAUGAUAAAAUUGGAAAUGGAAACUUAACCAAUGAUAUUAAAGAAAUUAAAAAAAUUGAUAAGGAUAAAGAGCGAUUUAAAGAUGAUAAUUAUGAUGAUAAUAAUAAUAAUAAUGAUGGUGAUCAUGUAUUGUUGAAAAAAAAGAAAAAAAUAUUUUUUAAAAUUGAAAGGGAUGAAAAAAGAUGUGACACAACAUGUCAAUCGACAGUAUAUAGUGAUAAUAUAUCUAAAAGUAAUGUUUAUGAAAAAUGUGUGCAAUAUACCUCAGAUAAUUCUGUUGAUAUAUGCGAGAAAGAUAUGACUAUGUUUGGAAAGAUACAUGUAUAUAAAAGAACGUAUGAGAUAUGUUCGAUAAUAUUGAAGAAUUAUUUUGUGUAUUAUCAUCCUUUAUAUUUAGAUUUUUAUUUAUCCUUUGCCUGGUACAAUAAGGGUUCAAAUAAUGAGAAAGCGUUUCUUCACUUCUUGAGAGAAUUCAUAUUACUACAAAUCAAUGUAUGCUCAAAAAGGUGUAGGGAAAAGAAGAUGGAAAUUCUAAAAAUGAAUGAGAAUUUCGAGCAUCUUGUUUAUUCGAUAAUUUUUAAGAAUAACAAAGAGGAGGAAGAUAAUAAAAAUAAAUAUGAUAUAAAUGAAAAUGUGAAUAUAAGAAGGAUGGAUAAUUAUAUUUCUUCAACAUUUUUAAAUGAUAUAUGUUAUCCUCACUGUAAUAUAUAUAAUGAGAAUAAAAAUUUUGAUAUUUUAAAAAAUUUUAAUUUUUUGAAAUCUAAUAUUCUUUUGGCUAGUUCAUUACACUAUUUCAUUAAUUCAUUAUUUUAUUAUUACAAUAAUGAUGAUUUUAUAAAUAAAUAUAAGAGUACUGAUUUUAUUUUUGAUAGUAUACUCUUAUGCAUAAAGUCUUUGGAGAGUGUCAAGAGAACAUAUAGAUUAUCUAGUUAUACUGAGAAAGGUUUUGGAAUUGCAUGUCUGGACAUUUCUUUGAUGAUAAUAAAAUUGAAGUUAAAGCAUCCGAAGUUUUUAGAAAAGAAAAGUAAUUGGAUGUUGUAUGCUCUUCAUAAUGCGAUUGAGGCGCAAGAGGUGUUGAAGCACCAUUGUGGUGAUAAUCACAUAGACACCAUAAAAUGUAGAUACACACUGGGACUAAUAUACAUAUAUUUUAAUAAUUUCGAAUGUAUGAAUAUGUUAGAAGACGUUCUUUAUCAUAUAAAAAAUUAUGAGUAUACAUAUGAAGAUAAUAAUAUUUUAAGUAAUACCUUUUGGUAUAUUCCAGAUAAAUAUAAGGACAGCUUAAAUUGUAUGAAUAGAGAAAAGCUUAUAUUAGAUAAAAGAAAAAUAAAAUGUUUUUUAUUUUAUAUGUGGUUAAAUAUAUUUAUUCCUUUGGAAUAUGCAAAAAAAAUUAUGAAUAUAUUAUUUAUGUUAUAUUCAAUGGAUAUAUAUAAGAAGAAAAAGAAGGAAAAGUUAAAUUAUAAAGAUAAUACCUUUUUUAAGCAAGAGCAAAUAGAAUCUUAUGAACAGAUAAUAUCGUUUAUAAAAAAUUAUAAAUAUAUUUAUAAAAAGGAUGACUUAUUUUUGAAUUUGGAAGAAUAUGAUCAUUUAUUAAAAAGUAACGAAAAAAUAUACUUAAAAAGGAAGGAAAUGGAGAAUAGAAAAAGAAAGAAAAAGGAGAUGGAAAGGUACAAUAUAUAUAGUAAUAAUAAUAAUAAUAAUAAUAUUGAUGAUGCUAAUUAUUUUAAUAAUAUUCAAGUUGAAAAAAAAGAAAUUGGGUAUUUCAAAUUAAAAGGUAUUAUUGGAUGUAGUAAUAGUAUUUUUGAUGAAUCCCCAAAUUAUAAGAUGAAUAAAGAGAUAGAUAAUAAGGACAUAUUAUUUUAUUUACAUAAUGAAAAGAAAAAUAACGAAUAUUAUAGUAUAACAUCUUGUUUCUUAAAAGAAUUUAUAGAUAUAGUAGAAAUGGAGUCUCAUUUAUUAUAUGAUGAGGAAAAAUAUUUGAAUGAAUAUAAAUCAUAUACGAAUAUGGAAAAAAAGACAAAAAUGUAUUCGUUGUUGAAGAAAUUAUUAAAAAUAAAGGGGAAAAUAAAGAAAAGAAAUCGGAAAAAUAAAGACUAUGAUAAUUAUAUGGAUCAUAUUAAUAAAUAUAAUGAUAAACCUAACUAUUUUGAUGAUAAUAAAAGGCACUAUAAGAGUAAAAACAUAAAUUCUUUUAUAGAAUAUAGUGAUAAAGAUGAUACACUUUCAUUUUUAAAUUCAAAUCAAACAUGGAGUGAUACCUCAUCCAAUUACUCUGAUAUUGUUAGAAAUAUAAGUGAUCAUAUAUCCAAUGAUAAUAUGAAGAAAAAAGAAAAAAAAAAGAAAAAUACUUUUCAUGGGUUUCUAAUGCCCUAUGAUAAUAAUAAGAAAAGGAGAGAUAAGGUUAAGAAAUUUAAAAUAAAAAAGGACAUCAAUAUUUUUAUGAGCAUAAUGUAUUAUUUUCUAAAUUAUGAAACUUUCCAAAAAUUUUACCUCAAAAUAUAA